AUGAAUAGAUCAUCAAGAAGAAAACUGUCUUUAGUAAAGAGAUUCCGAAAUUCGAACAUAAAUGAAAAACCUCGUAAAAUAAUCCAUGAUGAAGAUCGACCUAGCAAACUUAAGAAUGAUGACGAAGGAUCCAGUCAAAUGGUAGUAAGAAAAGUGUCUUUGGAAAACGCAUUUGAAAAUUUAAAGGUAAAUGAAGGAAACUCUUGCCAAAUUUUCCAUAGUAAAGACAGAUACAGCAAACUGAAUAACAAUAAGGAUGGAUCCAGCCGACUCCAGAACAAUGAAGAUGCAAUUAGCAAACUGAAGAAUAGUGAAAUUGAAUCCAUCAAACUGAGGAACAAUGAAGAAAGAUUCAACAAACCGAGGAACAAUGACGAACGAUCCAAGCAAGCAUAUGGCAUAAAAAUGCGUCCGAAAAAGGGAUGCAGCAAUCUGAAUAUAAAUGGACAAAAACCUUGUAAACUGGGGAACAGUGGAUCCAGCAAACCGAUAACCAAUGAAGAUGGAUCCAACGAACAGAGGAACAAUAAAAUUGGAAAUGACGAAGAUGGAUUCAACAAUCUGAGGAACAAUGACGAAAAAUCCAAGGAAGCAUCUGGAAUAAAAAUGCUCCAAAAAAAGGGAUGCAGCAAUCUGAACAGAAAAGGAGGAACCUCUUGCAAAUCGAGGAAUAAUGCAGAUGGAUUCAAUGGACUGAAGAGCAAUGAAGAUGGGUCCAGCAAACUGGAGACCAUUGAAGAUGGAUCCAGCAAACGGGAAAACAAUGAAGAUGGGUCCAGCAAACUGGAAAACUAUGAAGAUGGAUCCAGCAAACUGGAGAACAAUGAAGAUGAAUCCAGCAAACGGGAAAACAAUGAAGAUGGAUCCAGCAAACUGGAGAAUAAUGAAGAUGGAUACAGCAAACAGGAGAACAAUGAAGAUGAAUCCAGCAAACGGGAAAAUAAUGAAGAUGAAUCCAGCAAACUGGAAAACAAUGAAGUUGGAUCCAGAAAACUGGAAAACUAUGAAGAUGGGUCCAGCAAACUGGAGAACAAUGAAGAUGGAUCCAGCAAACGGGAAAACAAUGAAGAUGGGUCCAGCAAACUGGAGAACAAUGAAGAUGAAUCCAGCAAACGGGAAAACAAUGAAGAUGGAUCCAGCAAACUGGAGAAUAAUGAAGAUGGAUACAGCAAACGGGAAAACAAUGAAGAUGGAUCCAGCAAACGGGAGAACAAUGAAGUUGGAUCCAGUAAACUGGAAAACUAUGAAGAUGGGUCCAGCAAACUGGAUUACAAUGAAGAUGGAUCCAGCAAACUGGAGAACAAUGAAGACGGAUCCAGCAAACGGGAAAACAAUGAAGAUGGAUCCAGCAAACUGGAGAACAAUGAAGAUGGAUCCAGCAAACUGGAGAACAAUGAAGAUGGAUCCAGCAAACUGGAGAACAAUGAAGAUAGAUCCAGCAAACUGGAGAACAAUGAAGAUGGAUCCAGCAAACGGGAAAACAAUGAAGAUGGAUCCAGCAAACUGGAGAACAAUGAAGAUGGAUCCAGCAAACUGGAGAACAAUGAAGAUAGAUCCAGCAAACUGGAGAACAAUGAAGAUGGAUCCAGCAAACGGGAGAACAAUGAAGUUGGAUCCAGUAAACUGGAAAACUAUGAAGAUGGGUCCAGCAAACUGGAUUACAAUGAAGAUGGAUCCAAUGAACAGAGGAACAUUGAGGAAAGGCGCAGUCAGAUGAGGGGCAAUAGAAGAAAGAGACAUGCGUGGGUAAUUCUUGAGGGACACCGUGAAUUGUGUAAGUCAGUGGAUGUAAGCAAUGAAUUAUUGAACGAUGAUAAAGUGCAACGUGAAUGUGGUCAUUGCAGUAAAGUGUUUGACUCUCUUAAAAGUUUCGGUGAUCAUCUUCUGUCACACAAGGGUGGUGGUUUUUACGAAUGCCCCACGUGCUUCAAAAUAUUCUUCGGACAGUACUCCUUCCUUCGACAUGACCUCGUUCAUAAAGAGAUGAAAUACGGAUGCCAAGUUUGUGGAGAACAUUUUCGUCAUGUAUAUCAGCAUGUUUAUCACUCACGUAAGCAUUCGAGAAUACCAAUGAGUCAGAAGUAUAAUCCCAGCAAAGAAUCACUUAUACCAAAAUUUUGA